AUGGGAAAGAUUAGUGCAGCUUGUGUGAUAAUCGGGGAUGAAAUCCUGAAUGGCAAGGUUAUAGACAAGAAUUCUUCAUUUUUUGCCAAAUUCUGUUAUGAUCAAGGUAUCCAAUUGAACAGUAUUGUAACCAUUGGAGAUGAUGAAGAUCAGAUUGUGCGCACAAUAAAAGAACUAUCGAAGAGGUACCAAUUUAUAGUAACAACUGGUGGUAUUGGUCCAACUCAUGAUGAUAUUACUUAUGAGUCUAUAGCUAAGUGUUUUAAUUUACAAUGCAGAAUAGAUGAGGAAACUAAGAAGAGAAUGGCAAUGAAAUCCAAUCCUGAGAGUCGCCUUGACCCGGAAUCAUUAAAGGAUUACUAUAGAAUGGCAACGUUACCUUCAGGACCAGACGUCAAGAAAUAUUAUGUGGCCGAUGACCUUUGGGUGCCGAUAUGUUCUAUCAAUCAGCAAGUUUACAUAUUCCCAGGUAUCCCGCAAUUGUUUAGCCGAAUGUUGAUGGAAUUCUUGCCAACAUUAGAAUGUAUUUACAAACUGGACGAUGACAAAAGAGAAUAUAAAAGAUAUUUUGUUAAAACUAAGCUGUCAGAAUCGGAGCUUUCACGUCAUUUGAGGAAUUUCCAGGAGGAAGCAACUGUACAUUCGAAUGAAAUUAAGUUGGGUUCAUAUCCACAUUUUGGAAUGGGUUUCAACACUGUUAGCAUUUUGGGGGAGAAGAAAGAUGAUGAAUAUCUGCGAGGACUAAAAGAUAAGAUUAUAGGCAUCCUUAACGGAGAAGAGAUAUCUGAAGAGCAAGAAUCAAAAUUCUCUAAUGGUAAUAGGAUUUAG